AUGCUUAGUGUCGCUCCUCGUGGCUCCUCGUCUGAUGUUGUUAAGCGCACCCACAGCCCUUCGCCUCUAUCCAAGCCGGCGACGAUGGCAAAUGAGGCCACCGAGGACACCGCGUCGGCGUCUGGCGCCGCACCCAACUUCGAGUCUCCUGCCGCCAAGCAACUGGCUGCACUCAACCAAAAAGGGGGCAAAGCCAAAAGCAAAACUUCGAGAUUGCGACGAGCUUUCUCAUUUGGUAGUGCCGCCGAAUUUCGAAAGGCUGCGGAGGAGGCGGAGAAGGCCGAACCAUCCAAGCUUCAUAAAGAACCAACAGCGGAGGAGGCAUACGAUGCUGAGCAGGCACGUAUUGCCCAGGCACAAGAGGCCGGUGGUAUUGGGAAUAGCAUUUAUGGUGGAAGAUUCUUUGGAUCUACGGACAACCUCUCCAUCUCCUCUACUGCUUCAUCGGCGUCAAUUAUGAUUCGCAAGAUGGGCCGCGGGAUGAAGAAGAGCACCCGAUCGCUCGUUGGUCUCUUCAGACCAAAGUCAGUCAUUGGCGUUCCUGCCGCUGAACCGCUGGCACCGGAGGCCAGCCAAGCAACGGUUUCAAUGAUCACAGUGGAGGCUGAAGCUCAACGUGUGAACGUAACAGCAGAUCCUCAUGCUGCUAACGGGGUAACUGGAUUCCCGCGCCUCGAGCGGAACUCAAUCGAUGCUGCUCACGUGCCUGAGAUUGGCGACGAAAGACUGGGUAGCUCAGUAGGAGAGCAGCGUAAGAGCAUUGUUGGUGGGGAUAAGGAACGCGCUGAAGUGCUCGCCGCCGUGAGAAAGGGUAUUUUGAAGCGACCUGGAAGCCCUUCAGUGAGAGUCACAGACGGGUGCCCUUCCCCAGACCUAGUUCUCCCCAACAUCCCGGCCGUUGCUGACUCCCCAAUUUCGAGUGCGCCUAGCACACCCAAUGACGAGACUCUGGGCCAUAAGAGGGCCGGUUCGAUCGCCAUUGGUAGCGAAGAUUACUUCGUGUCUGCUUUGCGCCUUCGCCAAGACAGCCAGUCGGGAACGCCACCUGCCAAGCGAAAUGCCACAUUUUCGCCUCGUAUCAUCUUUUACGACACGUGGCCCAGUCAAGAGUACGAUCGCCGCGGAGAAAUUGCCACGUGCAAUCGGCUCACUCCUUUGCUUGCACAGCAGAUCAAGGAAGAACUCAACUCGUUCAAGAUGGAAAUGGAGGUACAUGAGAACUCCAAGAUCUACACCCACUUCUUCUGA